AUGGAUCGUAACAGCUCUCUUGUCAUCGAAGCAGCCUUUGAGGAAGAGUCUGGUGGUGUUCCUAUUCAGCUAGAUCUAGAUGUUGGUGACAGCUUCGAUAUUCUGUCGUUCAUUGAGUCUUAUUCUGACAGGCGUGCAUCUGGUCAUGAAUCGGAAAAAGAUGAAUACCUUAAGCAGGAGAAAAUUCUCAUGGAUUCAGCCAUCGAUUUCGUUCUCGGGGAGGCUACUGAUGAGAAUGGCAACAUCGCUACCGUCAACCCACAUCCAAAGCUGUCGAUAGCACACGAUCUAGUAGCAUUCCUCUUGAGCCGCAAAGCUGCAACUUCUAUCCUCUUCAGGCGUCAUCUGAUCCCUUCUAGCACUACCCCUCAGCCGUUCCCCCGCAACAUUUUCAUGGGCCAAUGGACACCAUGGAUAAGUUUCAGUCUAUCCAAAUCAAGGGAUGUCCAGCCAGGCACUCUUCAAUGCUCUCAGCCGAUGAAACCUGACGAUAUCGAGGUCAUAACGGUUUCAGAUACCAAAUUCGUAAAACUGAUGAUGCUUGUCGACGGGGAUGAGAUGCUGAUGAUGAAAAUGUGGGAGAUACCUGAUGGCUCGAGACAUGUGAGUCCUCUUCUGGAUCUAAUGAAGCCUGACUUUGGCUUGGUGGAAGAACUUGGUGAGAGAGUUAUUGCUUGGAGGGUUCAUGGACUUGAUGUCUCGUACUAUAUGGAUAGGCUGGGAUAUCGCAUUCCUGGUAUGGUUUGGCCUCUUGAGAAGCUUAUCGAGGAGUGA